GGGGUAAGUGCAAGAGUUAUAUGAAAAAAGGCAGUUAAGUAAUGAUCUUAUUACUUUUAAGUAUUGCUUUGCUCCUUCAAAAAGUGAAUUCGCAUUGGGACCAUGAUAGAAUUUAUUUGGAGACUAGAAGAAUUGUUGGGGCUGUUAUACAAAAAAUAACAUAUGAAGAUUAUCUGCCCCGGCUUUUUGGCAAAAAAUUUGAUGAACUUAUUGGAAAAUAUAAGGGAUAUAAUCCUAAAGUUGAUCCUUCUAUUUUUGUAGGUUUUAAUUAA